AUGAAAGCCCACUCGGAGCGGGAAAACACGCGGAAAAUGUUGCUAUACGGUAUUCUCGCGUUCUCGACGGUUACGGUUUAUGGGGCGGUGACGUCUGGUUCGCCGGUGAAGAACAUGUCGUCGUCAGCUGCUGGGGAUGGGCCGAAAUACAUGGUGGAAGAGCGCGGAUCCCCCUACACCCUCGACUAUCGCCUCUAUUUCAAGGGACCGCAGGGCUACAUCUCCCCGUGGCACGACAUCCCGCUGUUCGCCGACGAGCCGUCGAAGACGUACAACAUGAUCGUCGAGAUCCCGCGCUGGUCGAACGCCAAAAUGGAGAUUUCCACCAAGGAGCCGUUGUCGCCAAUCAAGCAGGACGAGAAGAAGGGUGUCCCCCGCUUCGUGCACAACGUCUUCCCCCACAAGGGAUACAUCUGGAACUAUGGCGCUCUUCCUCAGACAUGGGAAGACCCGAACCACAUUGCGCCCGAGACCGGGGCCAAGGGAGACAACGACCCCAUUGAUAUCAUCGAGAUUGGAAGUGUCGUCCGGCACAGGGGAGAGGUCGUUCCGGUGAAAGUGGUUGGAACGCUUGCCCUGCUUGAUGAGGGAGAGACCGACUGGAAACUGGUGGCCAUUGCCGUCGACGAUCCGCUGGCCGACAAGUUGAACAACACGGCCGAUGUCGAGGUCCACUUCCCGGGACUCCUCAAGGCGACGUACGACUGGUUCAAGCACUACAAGAUCCCCGCCGGCAAGCCCGCCAACGAGUUCGCCUUUGAUGGGCAGUACAAGGAGGCCGAUUUUGCUCACAAGGUGAUCAACGAGACGCACGACUACUGGAAGAAGCUGAUGAAGGAACCCUCCCCAGCACUAAACACCCAAUCACUGCAACCCGAAGCUGUACACCAAGUCACCCAGGAUCUAUGGGCUCAGCAGGUGGCCUCGCAGCCUCCCUUGGGCCAGCCAGCCGACAUCCCGGUGGAAGUGGACAAGUGGCAUUUCAUCCAGUUC